GUUGACGGUUUUACUGCGUCGUGUGUUUAUAUGAUUUAUCCCUGGUACAACCGUUCAGUGGAUGUUUUCUGUGAUAUGGAUACAAAAGAUGGGGGUUGGACGGUGAUACAGAGGCGUGUUGAAGGAUCAACGGAUUUCAACAGAACUUGGAAUGAAUACAAAGAAGGCUUUGGUUCUCUACAUUCAUCUUAUUGGAUAGGAAAUGACGUCAUCCAUCAAUUAACUAAAAACAGGCCAUCUCUAUACGUGUCCAUUACUUUGACCAAUGGAACAACUCUAUAUCAACAGUACAAGGAGUUCUCUGUAAACAACGAGACAGACAACUACAGACUUUACCUGAAUGGACCGACGGAGGGGACUUUAGGUGACAGCAUGAUGAACACAGGUUUUCAUUUGGCGGAUCUGUCUGGGAUGUACUUUUCCACCCCAGACAGAGAUAAUGACAGAAGUAGUACCUAUCACUGCGCCAUUGAUUUUGGAGGAGGAGGCUGGUGGUUUAACGACUGUACCCACGCCUUCCUGAACAGCGCCUGGUCUUCUACAUCCUGGUAUCCGCUUCUUAGCUCAGGAACAGAUAUAAAGAAGAUCCUCAUAAUGAUAAAACCGCACUGACUGUGUUACGUAAUGGAUAAACCGCACUGACUGUGUUAUUUAAUGAUAAAAACGCACUGACUGUAUCUUAAUGA